AUCUUUUAUAGUAGAACCUACAACUGUAUAAUAUAGAAUUAUUAGCGACACUGAACAUGUAGACAGAACAGUAUCGGAAUCUGGUCGUGAGAUCAAUUAUACGAAAAUACUUAACGUUGUGAGUAGUCUCCUCAGGCCUACAAAAGAGGCUUGUUAACUGCUGUAAGAGGUGUCGGACUCGAUUUUCACAAAGAGAUGAAGAUUUACACACUACUCAUCAUUGCAUCGUUCUUUCCGUUCAACGUUCUAGCAACUCUCGACAGAAAUACCAUUCGACUCGUUAACGAUUACUACACCUAUCAAAAUGUUCGCGUAAUAGCAACUUACACGUGCUACAAACAUGAUUCAUUUCUUCUGGCGAAAUCCCUGAUGACGACAGGGAAGUUCUGGAUGAUUUCUGCAGAUCCAGAACAAUCUCCUUCUAAAUCCACUGAAUAUAUUAUAAAGAGAUCUUACAACAAGUUCGGAAUAUUUCUAGACUACGAUUGUCCUGAAGGCCAGGAAUGCAUUCUUCACAAUUCUGCACGACGAUCUCUCAACGGCAGUUAUUACUGGUUUAUAUGGAGUAAGAAGAAAUACCCAUCGGAGAUUGAAACACUUAACUUGAGUAUUGAUACUGAGGUGACAUGGGCACAUGCCGAGGCCGAUGACAAUAUUAUGUUGUAUGAUCUCUACAAGAUCAACUACAGUUGGCCUAUAAAUUGUACAGUGGCAGGGCACUGGGAUCGCGGUGUGGGUCUGAAUUAUAACCUGACACAGUUUAAAUACUCCCGACGACAGGACAUGAGAGGCAUCGUGUUCACAGCUGGUUUAGCGGUAAAUAACAUUCCAACGAGCAACCUAAAGCAAGAAUUGCUUAAGCCAGAGAACAGGGAAAUGGAUGCAAUGGCUACAUACAAUUACAGAAUUUUCCAAAUGCUCGAGCAGACCUACAACUUCUCGGUAAACAUUAAACCCAGUAAGUUCUUUGGGUACGUGGUUGAAAACGGAAAGCUGGAAGGUUUGACACUCAUGAUGAAGAACCGAGAAGUAGACUUGAGCGUAUCUGCUAUACUUAUCAAUCGGGCCCGAUACAGAUGUAUGGAUUUCAUAUCUACACCAACAUGGGAAUUCAGGAUCGUCGCUUUGUUCCGGCAUCCUCCUGUCACCGGGGCAUAUGGCGCUGUGCUCCUCACGCCGUUCGAAAUGAACGUGUGGACGUCGUGCGCCGGAAUGUGGCUCGUCGUGAUCCUCACUAUACGCUUCGUGUCGUGGGUGGAGACCAGUACGUUCGACUUCGUAGCUACCAGCCACGAGGAGGAGACGGUGCGGUCCUGGAGUGACUCCCUCAUGAUUAUAAUCGGGGCCAUAAGCGAACAAGGUACGACAAUGGACUCCAAGUGGGUAGCAUGGCGCACGUCUUUCUUAGCAGCCUUCAUCCUGUCCAUGAUGGUGAACAUUAACUACGGAGCCAGUCUCGUGUCUUCACUACUUAGUCCACCAGUUAAAACAAUCCGUACCGCACGGGACAUCAUUGACAGUUCGCUUCAAUUUGCCGCAGAAGACAUCUCUUACAGCGUCCCUUACUUCGCACUGAACAAGGAUCCAUUGGUUCAAGAAUUGUACCAGAAGAAAAUGGCGCCUCCCAACCAGGCCUACUACUCGCGUGACGUUGCCCUGGGCAAGAUGAGAAAAGAGCAUUUUGUGUUUCAUACGGAAGCCUUGAAGGUAUUCCCCGAGAUCGAAGACACAUUCUCCGAGCAGGAAAAGUGCGAACUCAGCGAAGUACUGAUUUUCCCACCUGAGAAGUGUUACCUUGCUAUCCCAUGGGGCUCACCGUACAAAGAACCGUUUUCAGUUGCAAUGAAGAAAAUAUAUGAAAGGGGCCUCGUAAAUUACCAAGAUCGAGUAUGGAAGUAUCCAAAACCAUCCUGUUUGAUUAAAGAGGAGUUUGUCAGCGUUGAUAUGGACAAGAUUUCUCCUGCAUUCCUAAUCAUUGGUAUGGGGAUUGUCCUUGCUCUGAUUGUGCUCGCUGGUGAAAGGAUAGCAAGAAGGAAGAAAAUGAUGAAAAUAUCAAAGCCAACACAGGAUUAAUAUCAAGCUGCAAUACCACGUUUUAUACGUUCAACUGAUGUUCUCGUGAAUAUUCACAAUGGGCAUCGCACUUCAGCCAGCAUUCAGUGGAUGAAGUGACAUCUCUCACUAAGAAAUGUCAAAAUAGUUUAUUUCCUCUCUGUAUGUUCAAGAAUAAAAUAGAUAUUAGGUACCUAAAUACCCAAUAGCUACCGGAGGCUACUUUCCAGGAGAUAAGGGCGAUCCGAAAAAAGAACUCAUCACUACAUCCAGCAUCAAGCUUACGUUCAUGUCUUCAAGACGUGGUGCCAAACCCAGACACAUUAACCUUUACUUGCAUUUGCUACUUGAAAACUGAUCUGCUUUAAUUCCAAAGAAGAUUUUCACCUCAAGAUCAACAAAAUACGUGAAAGGGCAGUAAAAACACGUCUGUCACUAACGAUCCUAUUAUGGGGCAGUGAAAAUAUUUUGAGGGCAUCUACAGCCGCAACAGACUAAUCACGCGUAAUGUGCUAAAACUGCCUUUAAUUAGUUUUGUUACAUGCAUACAGACAUGAAGGAUCAGAAUACCAUUACGCAAGAGAAUGUAAAAUAGACAAUUUUAAUUUUUGCACUUUACUUUCAAUCAAAGAAUGCAAGUGUAACUGUAAGAAUUCACUACAAUAUGCCAUACAAUACACUGGGGACUGCGUGAGUAGCUCACACAAAAAGACGUAAAUAAGACAAAACCCGUUUUAUGUUCCACGAUUCUUCUCUUAAUACUGAUUUACAUAAUUACAAUUGCUAUAAUAGAUAUUGAAAGUUUUUGUAGGGAUGAUAGGCCGAGUUACACGAAAUGUAUGCACAAUUCGAUAAAUUAUGGACUCGAUUAGUACCAUUUUACUUCGAAAUGUUUCCAUAAAUGCAUUUUUCAGUACAGAAAUGAACUAGCGAGUUUUAAAACAAUAAUACACAAUAAAAACAAUUUACUCAACAUAUUUUAUUAGUAUUAAGCUGUCAACUUUUAAACAGGGUUGUGGAGUCGGUACUAAAAUCUCCGACUCCGACCCCGACUCCUUCAUAAAAUCUCAAUAUGUAUUAAAAAGGGUAAAGAAACUAAAAUAGUAAAUAACACCAUAAGAGA